GGAAAUCUGCAGGGAUGCUGUGAAAUUACAGGUUACUAAUGACCAAGAUGACGAUGACAUUACACUGGCUUCCCGUGAAUCUCACCUGCAUCAUGAAGGGGUUGUGAAGAGGGAAAGAUAACAAAAGGGAGCUAUAAACCACAGCGAUGAAUCUCCAUCAGGUCCUCACAGGGGCUGUCAAUCCUGGGGACAAUUGUUUCUCUGUAGGGAGCGUCAACAAUGUGCCAUUCACAGCUUAUGUUUCUGGGUGUGAUGUAGUGAUUUUGGGCAGUGACUUUGAGCGUCUGCAGAUCAUCCCGGGGGCUAAGCAUGGCAACAUCCAGGUUGGCUGUGUGGAUUGCUCCCUACAGGGCGGACAGAUUGCAGCUUCCUAUGGAAGCACAGUGUGUGUCUUUGAGCCUGUUCAGCUCCCAGAUCAGAAAAAUGGGUCGUCGAUGAAGCUGAGCUACCAGUGGCAGAAGAGUGGCCAGUUUGUUUUACAAUCCAUAGUCCGGAACAUGGCCUGGCACCCCACAGGUUGCCAUCUCUUAACAGGCUCCAGUACCCUCCAGUUGUGGUCUAAUGGUGAUAGUGAUGAGGAUGAGGAACAGAGGAAGCAGACUGGUAUGACCAUGGAGGACUCCCGUUCUGCAUGGAAGUGCAUCUGGCAGAGCAAAACUGCCUCUCCAGUCAACCUAAUGAAGUUCUCUCCUGAUGGGGAAUUCUUUGCGACCGCUGGACUGGAUGACUGCCUUGUGAAGGUGUGGUACAGCACCAGUAAGUGGCAGUCUGGGAUCUCUAGGCUCUUCGCACCUCCAGAGGCAGGCAGCAUUGCCCGAGAAGAGCAAGCCUUCUCCUUUGUCUACCUAGCCCAUCCCCGAUCUGUUACUGGUUUCUCCUGGAGGAAGACCAGCAAGUACAUGCCUGGAGGUUCAGUGUGUAAUGUGCUGCUAACCUGUUGUAAGGACAGUGUGUGUCGGCUCUGGGCAGAGACGUUGUUGCCAGGUGACACCCUCUUGUCUGGUCAACAUAACAACCAGUCAGGUGGUCAGCACAGUGAUCCAAUCCGAUUUGCUGGUGCUGGAAGGAAGGACAUCUCGAACGGGAAGCCACAGGGAAUGACACAGCUACAGCUGAACCUGAGCACAUCAUGGCGAGCCUCCUCUUGUCGGGUCAUGGCCCAGCCCUCUCUGACUGGCUGUCUGUCUCAGCAUCAGAACCGACACUAUAGCCACAAGUCCAGCAGCAGCAACAUGCCCCACGCCAGCGCACUCUGCCACUUCCACAUUGCAGCCAGCAUCAACCCUGCCACAGACAUCCCUCUCCUUCCCUCCAUUUCCUCUCUCUGUGGGGUGGAUGAUGAGGAACCUGGAGGUUCUUUCACAGUCCAUUGGCUCAACAACAAAGAGCUUCAUCUUACCCUGGCUAUGGAAGUCUUCCUUCAGCAGCUUCGGGGCAGUCUGGAGCAGCAAAAUGAACACGCCCGGGAAGAGUUUGAAGAAGAUGGUAACUUUGAUGAAGAAGAUCCCAGUAGCAGGCCAACCUCAAAUGACUCUCAAGGCGCCAAUGGAGCCUCCACAGAGCUCCCAUUGGCAGCGGUGGAGCACCAGGUGAAGGUGCUGUUGGAGGAGUGGAACAGAGGUGCAGACAUGUUGUUCAGCAUCCAUCCCAUGGACGGCUCGCUGUUGGUCUGGCAUGUGGAUUGGUUGGAUGAAUAUCAGCCAGGCAUGUUCAGACAAGCCCAGGUUUCUUUUGUGUCCCGUAUUCCUGUGGCAUUUCCCACAGGUGAUGCCAACUCCCUGAGCCGGAGUGUGGUUAUGUACGCCUGCAACAAGAACGUUGACCUUGCCAUCCAGCAUGGCCGGCAGCGGCCCUCGGGGGCUGCAUUGCCCCAGUCUGCCUCCGCCCUUAUCAGCUAUGGUGGCCAGGGGAAAGCUCCACCUAAUAGUAGUCUUCGCCUCAGCAUUUUCACUCCCAAUGUCCUUAUGAUCUCCACACAUGCUGAUGGAUCCCUGAACCAGUGGGCUGUCAGCUUCGCUGAAGACUCUGCUUUCUCCACGGUGCUCAGCAUCUCUCACAAGUCGCGGUACUGUGGCCAUCGUUUCCACCUCAACGAUCUAGCCUGCCACUCACUACUGCCACUUCUUCUCACCACUUCACACCACAAUGCUCUAAGUACGCCAGAGGUAGACAGCAUCCUGGCUCCUCCUGGGGCCUACUCCUUUGGCUUCUCAAAGCCAGCCUCACUAGCCCCUGGGUCCCGGCCCAGCCGGGUAUCCUUAGGUACAGUUUCCCAGGACCCUAAUGCUAUCUACAGCGAGCUGAUCUUGUGGAGGGUGGACCCAGUGGGGCCGCUGUCUUUCUCUGGUGGGGUAUCCGAGUUGGCCAGGAUCAAUUCCCUUCAUGCCUCGGCCUUUUCUAAUGUAGCAUGGCUACCUACACUCAUCCCCAGCAAUUGUCUAGGUGUGUACUGUAACUCGCCCAGUGCCUGCUUUGUAGCCAGCGACGGACACUCACUCAGAUUGUAUCAGGCAGUUAUCGAAGCAAAGAAACUCCUCAGCGAGCUCUCCAACCCUGAAAUAUCAAAAUAUGUGGGUGAAGUGUUCAACAUCAUUAGUCAGCAAUCCACAGCAAAGCCUGGGUGUAUCAUUGAACUGGAUGCCAUCACUGACUUUCAGGGGAAAGAGACCCAGCUCCUGCAUGUUUUUGAGGAGGACUUGAUCCUGGGCAGCGAGAGGACUAAGAGCACGCAGGAAACGACUGAUCAUGCUGCAUCUAGCCAGCCAGGUUUCUCAGCACGGUUCUUCCUGGUGGUUGUAGAGUUCACCCAGAGAGGUUGUUCUCUCCUCCACAUGUGGCACCUGCAUCUGGCUGCAUGUCCCAUCACCAUGGAAGAGCCCACUGCCCUGGCAGAGAAGGAGGCUUCCACAGUCUCUCCCAUGAACUAUUCUCAGUUUAACUUCGAGACAUUCAGCUCCCCAUCACCUCAAAAGAGUAGAACCUGUACCUCCAACCUGAAGAGCGCCUGUCGCCUCACCCUCACCACACACAGGCUGUACAGCCAGGAGAUGGCUCUACCAGCAGGAGUGGAGAUCAUCAGGGUUACGCCCUCAGCAGGUCACCUGAGUGCGUCGUCUUUACAGCCAGCUGGCCUGGCACCUUAUCUCCUAGCUACUUCCUGUUCUGACGGCAACGUGCGCUUCUGGAAGUGCAGUGUUACAGGUCCAGUACCCUGUGCUACAGACAAGCUGGUCUACCAAUGGGAGGAGUGGCGUCUCCUAGUGGAGGAGGGUCUGGCUAACAGCAGUGCAGUAUGUGUGCCAGGUCGUCCAAUAGAAGUCAGCUGCUGCCACAAUAGCCGGAUUGCAGUGGCCUACAGACAGAUGUCAAAUACACCUCUUAAUUCUACUCCACAGAUGAACUGUCACCCAACUUUGUCCUCUCCCCCUACCCUGUCUUCUACUCCUUUUGUGACUCUUAUCCCCAACACAUACCAGACACCUGCUGCCACUGACACACGCCACAACCCAAACCCUAACCCAGCAUGCAGUAAAGAACCUUUGGUCCACAUUAGUAUCUUCCAGUGCGAGUCCACAGGAGGUUCACAGUGGAUUCUGGAGCAGACUUUAGCUUUAGACAACAAAGGUCCCACAGCUAACUAUGACAUUAACAGUAGCACAACCAGGAGUCCCAAUAUACCUGGUACUAACUUGGACUUAUCUAUACCUAACGAGAACUGUCUUGGUUCUACCGGUAAGAACCUGGUUCAUUUGGACUGGGUCUCCCAAGAGGAUGGGUCACAUAUUCUAACUAUCGGUAUUGGGACAAAACUUUACAUGUACGGCCUUCUCUCUGGUAAGCCUCCAGAAUUAGGCCUGUCAUCUGAUGCGACCAAGGAUCAGAGCUUGUCUCGUCUAGUUCUGCUACGAUCAGUUGACUUGGUCUCUUCUGUGGAGGGCUCCUUACCUAUCCCUGUCUCUCUCUCCUGGGUACGUGAUGGUAUCUUGGUAGUCGGAAUGGACUGUGAGAUGCAUGUCUACUCCCAGUGGCAGCCCCCGGCACUGCCCAAACCCAAUGCUGCCCUCACUCAUGACACAAACAUCAGCAGCAGUGUGUCCUCUAUCCUCUCUGCAGUGAGGCAGAGCCAGGAGGAGGUGCUUGGCAUUGGCGCUACCAUGUCAACGCUCGCCCCUCCCAAAAAGUCCCUUACAAGGUCAAUGACAAGUCUUGCCCAGAAGCUUAGUGGGAAAAGAACAGUUUAUGACUUGCCGAUAGAGAUGGAGGAUUCCGGGCUGUUCGAAGCAGCUCACCAAUUAUUCCCGACCUUGCCCCAGUACCACCCGGUACAACUAAGGGAGCUCAUGGAUUUGGGAAAGGUUCAUCGGGCCAAGGCUAUCCUCUCACACUUGGUGAAAUGUAUCGCUGGUGAGAUAGUGGCUCUGAAAGACAUUACCACCCACCCAGAUAAGCGUGUGCGCUCUUGGACUAUCAGCGCUGGAGGCAGCACAGCCAGGGACAAUAAAAUGUUCAGCAAAGGAGAGGGCUCCUCACCAGGCUACACAGAAAUCAGUUCCAUCCCUCCCCUGCCUCUGUAUGCCCUAUUAGCAGCUGAUGAAGAUACCUCACCUAAAUCUGAAAAAGUGAGCAAUGUGAGUGGAGAUAGUGGGCAUGGUUCCAGUCAGACUGACGCUUACGACGAGCUGUUCCACACACCCAGCAUAGUAGACCUGGACCCCCUUGACAGUGAAAACGAGGAAGCAGGGAAUAAGGUGAUUGACCUUUCCCAAUACAGUCCUACAUCCUUUGGGCCAGAGCACGCCCAGGUUCUGUCCAGCCACCUUCUCCACUCCAGUCUUCCAGGCCUGACCCGCAUGGAGCAGAUGUCUCUUAUGGCGCUGGCUGACACCAUUGCCACCACCAGCACUGACAUCAGAGAAAGCCAGGGCAAGAGCAGAGGUGGAGAGACUCUGGAUGACUGUGGUCUGAAGUUCCUGCUUGCCGUCAGACUUCAUACUUUCCUCUCUACUUCUCUGCCCCCUGCACACCGAGUGCAGCUACUUCGGCAAGGUCUAUCAACGUGUCAUUAUGCUUGGGCGUUCCACUCUGAAGCUGAGGAGGAGCUCCUCAAUAUGUUGCCUGCUCUACAGAAAGGAGAACUCACCUGGCCAGAGCUGCGCUCCAUGGGCGUGGGCUGGUGGUUGCGCAGCACCAACAAGCUCCGCAGGUGUAUUGAGAAGGUUGCCAAGGCUUCUUUCCAGAGGAACAAUGAUCCUCUGGACGCAGCUAUUUUCUACCUCGCCAUGAAGAAGAAGGCAGUGGUCUGGGGACUGUACAGGUCUCAGAAGAAUGCCAAGAUGACUGACUUUUUCAGCAACAACUUCAGUGAGGAUCGGUGGAGGAAAGCGGCAUUGAAAAACGCCUUUUCUCUGCUGGGAAAACAGCGGUUCCAGCACUCCGCAGCUUUCUUCCUGCUGGCUGGGUCCCUCAAGGAUGCUGUGGAGGUGUGCUUAGAGAAGAUGAGGGACUUACAGCUGGCACUGGUGAUCUCCAGAUUGUAUGAGUCAGAGUUUGAGACAGCUUCCACCUAUAAAAAAAUCCUCCAGAGACACGUCCUGGGACAAGACAAGCAGAUUCCAGCUCACCAGGACCCAUUUCUACGCAGCAUGGCUCACUGGGUCCUAGAGGACUACAGCCGUGCUCUGGAUACUCUGUUGGAACAGCCUUCCAACAGUGCUGGCACUGGGUCCUCCGGUUCCUCUUCCUUGUCCCCAUGCAACCCGGAGGUCUUCAAUUUCUACAUCUACCUACGUACACACCCACUCCUUCUCCGCCGCCAUUUUAGCUCCUCGGACAAGGCUAAGGUCGGCCUGACAGCUGAGUGCCGCCGAGCUGACUCCAUAAGCUUGGUAGAAAGAAGGCUAUUUUUCACUGCAGCGUAUGCACAUCUACAGGCAGGCUGCCCUAUGCUAGCCCUAGAAGUUCUGUCCAAGAUGCCCAAAGUCCAUAAGCACUCCACACUGCUUGACCAGCAGGAAACAAGCAGCACUGCAGAGCUCAGUGACAGGGGUAAGAAAGAACGGGCAUCUGACCUGGACUGGUCUCAGACAGUUCUGAACGGCUACGAAUCAGGAGGGGACAGCUUAUCUAACAGUCAGUCUGAUUCAGUUCUAAGUUUUGACUGGAGCCAGCCAUCCCUUACCAUCCCGGAUGAGCCUCUGGAGAUUAAAUGGGACAGCGACAAAGACGAUGAAGGUGAUGAAGAAAAUGGAAACGAUGAGAAAGGGGGAGUGGUGGACAGCAGCAGUGUGUUCCAGGACACGCAGGACAUUAUAUCCCCGCUGACAGAGCCUGUCUCCGAGGGGGACAGAGAAGACAGCGAUGAUUUCAUCGCACCUUCAGAUGACAUCUUGGCAGCCCAGUUGAAGUUCAGUGCCUGCCUGAAGAUCCUGACCAAUGAGCUGCGGACGCUGUCGACUGGGUAUGAACUGGAAGGAGGGAAGCUUCGCUACCAGCUCUGCCAGUGGCUGGAGAGAGAGGUGGUUGCCCUCCAGCGUUGCUGCAGCUAUAAGCCCUGCCUGCCCGAGCUGUCUGGCCAGGGAAUGUCCCCUGUCUCAGGGCCAGAAGAAGAGCGGCCUGAGAGUCCGCGUGGUGAGAGCCAGCGGAGCAGGAGACAGUGGCUCCAGAGAAACCAGCCCUUACUGAGGAUGUUCCUCAGCUACUGUAGCCUGCAUGGCUCCCACGGGGGAGGGCUGGCCUCCGUGCGUAUGGAGCUCAUACUACUGCUGCAGGAGUCACACCAGGAUGACUCUGUAGAGUCAGCAGUGAUGCCCUGCACCCUACCCACCUCCAUCCCUCUCCUAUUGGCCUGCACAGCUAAUGCCAAGACAGUGGUAGCCAACCCUAUAGUCCACCUUACCAACCUGACUCAUGACAUCUUACACACCAUCAAUACACUGGACUCUCCUCCUCACCCAGAUGUCAUCAGCAAUGAGGUCUAUGUGAUGCACACCUUGGCUGCCUCCCUCUCUGCCUGCAUCUAUCAAUGUCUUUGUGAUGGGCACAACUACAGCCAUGUGAACCAGUUCACGGGGAUCAUCUACCAAAGUGUGUUGCUGUCUCAGAAGCAGCCAGUCAAGGCACUCAGCAUAGAGGAGAACGUCUUCCCAAACACCUCUCCUGCACAGUGGCCAGGUAUUGCUUCCUUAAUCCGCUUGUUGAGCUCAGCAGGUGAGGAGAACCAGCCGGGCUUAGGUGUGCUGCUCUGUGAGACCCUGACUGCUGUUUUCCUCAGCUUAUUUGUUCAUGGCCUGGCCACCCACUCCAGCAAUGAGCUGUACCACAUUGUCUCCCACCCAUUGAACAGCAAGCUGUGGGUGGCUGUGUUUGGCGGAGGUGCCCGGACUUCCAUCAUAAAGAAAUUCAACACUCCCACCAAGUCACCCCCACCAGCCUCCCCGGCCAAUGAUGGCUCAGAUAGGAAGUCGAGGCGUUUCAGGCUGCUGACAUCACGCAGUAGCUCCAGGGAGGAGGCGGGGCAAGAGAGGGAUAAGGAGGGGCCAUCCAGCCCAGCCAGUCCCAGACCAGUAGCAGAACAGGAAGAACCUUCCACCUUUAAAGAGCGUUUUGUCCCUCCAGAACUUAGCAUUUGGGACUAUUUCAUUGCCAAGCCAAUCCUGCCCCCAUCAGAAAACAGGGUCGAGUAUGACUCCGAGGAGAGCCAGGGCAGCCAAGAUGAAGAUGAUGAUGAAGAGUACGAAGAUGCGUUCAACCCAAACUCCCCACUAAGAGAGCAUUCUAAUUACAACUCCUACAGUUGGUGUCUGAUGCGUCUUGCAAUGGUUCAAAUGGUGCUUGCAAACCUCAAGUCCUUCUACCCUAUGGCAGGAUAUGACUUAAUGGAUCUCCCUGUUGGCUCUCCUCUGUGCCACGGUGUGCUGAAGACGCUGCAGCGCUGGGAGCAGGUACUGCAGAAACGACUGGAGAUCUUUGGUGGUCCCCCUCCCAAGUAUAUCUCCACUCACCCUCAGGAUGACACAGCCACCCAAGGCCCUGCCAUCCUCAGGCACAAGGCCCUAUUUGAACCAUCCAACACACCAUUCAGGUCUAGCCACCAUACAGCACUGCCAGUAAAGCGUUUGUGGCAGUACCUGGUUAAGCAGGAGCAGGUACAAGAGACCUUCAUUAGAAACAUCUUUACUAAGAAACGGGACCAGAAUGAGAUCGAGGCAGAUCUAGGGUACCCUGGUGGAAAGGCACGCAUCAUCCACAAAGAAUCUGAUAUCAUCACAGCCUUUGCCAUCAAUAAGGCAAAUCGUAAUUGUUUAGUCAUGGCGUCCACCCAUGACAUUCAGGAGCUGGAUGUGUCAUCCAUCUUGGCCACACAGAUCUUGACAUGGAUUGAUGAUGAUGCUGAGGCAGAAGCCAAAGGUAGUGGUGGCGAUGAUUUCCUGGUGGUCCAUGCACGCGAUGACUUUGGCACCCUCCACGGUACCACACCCUACACCCACAGUAGCCCCGGCACGCCCAUCAACAUGCCAUGGCUAGGAGGCCUGCAGACAGGCAGGGGAGCAGCUGUGCUGAUCAAGAGAAAUAUCAACAACGUGAGAAGGAUGACCUCCCAUCCUACACUGCCUUACUACCUGACAGGAGCGCAGGACGGUAGUGUGAGGAUGUUUGAGUGGGGCCACUCCCAGCAGAUCAUCUGCUUCAGAAGCCCAGGCAACUCCAGAGUCACCAGGAUACGAUUCAACCAUCAGGGAAAUAAGUUUGGUAUUGUAGACGCGGACGGAGGGUUGAGCCUCUGGCAGACCAACACAAGCGGGAAUGCACCCAAACCCUACCUGACGCUGCAGUGCCACAACAAGACGGCUCACGACUUCGUGUUUGUAGGCUCUUCUUCCCUCAUUGCCACUGCAGGCCUUUCAACAGACAACAGGAACAUUUGCCUGUGGGAUACUCUGGUGACUCCUAUGAACAGCCUAGUGCACGCCUUCUGCUGCCAUGAGUCAGGUGCCACAGUACUCUCCAUGGCCCCCAGGCAGCAGCUGCUAAUCACAGGCGGUAGGAAGGGUUGGAUCAGUGUCCUGGAACUUUCUCACAAGCACCAGCGUCAGAGCUUCCAGGCCCACGACUCGCCGGUCAAAGCCUUGGCCGUUGAUCCCACAGAGGGCUGUUUUAUCAGCGGCUCUGCGGAGGGCAACAUCAAGGUUUGGAGCCUGGCCACCCAGUCUCUGCUCCACACCUUCCCAAAUGAGCAUGCCCGGCAGUCGCUGUUCAGAAAUCUCGGCACAGGUGUCAUGCAAAUAGAGGUGGGACCAACCAAUCACAUCUUCUCCUGUGGUGCCGAUGGAACCAUGAAAAUGAGGAUCCUCCCUGAUCGCUACAGCAUUGUCAAUAACCACAACAAUAACCAUGGCAAUCUCAAAAAUGAUGUCAAGUUCAUCAUAUAAAUGGGAUGGAAUGUUAAAAUGUAUGGUUCAAGGUCAUCUGGUUCGCUAAUAGAAAGUAAUUUGCAGGGUAGCGCAAGGUUGCCGGUGGUAUAACUGCAGAAUGACCUUAAGUUUAUCGAAUGGAAGAGUGGUCAGCAAUGGUCAUUCAGUUGAUGGAAGAAAGACACCAAAGGACAAUGCCUAAUUUAUCACUGAGUGUGCCCGAAGAAUGGCACACUGUCAUAUCAGAGGAAUAUAUAGGAAAUUCAUAGAAUUUACAAACUUGAAUAGUCACAAAUUUAAAGAGAGCAUAAGUUUAUCAUCUUGUGAUACUAGGGCCCAGAAGUAUAAUUUUUACUAUGGAGGUCUUCGAUAUGAGCACUGCCUAUAAGUAUAAGGCACCACAGUCAGUAAACUGCACAUGAGAGCUAAUAAAGCCUAGAUGACAUCAUCUUGAGAAAUGCACAUUUGUCAAGAUGGCUACAGGGUAUGGACCGAGGGCAUGUUCAGUAAGAACCUGUUUGAACAUAGAUGGAAACCCAUUUGAGGAUUCUGACCCGAGUCUGCUGAGCAUGACCCCAAGAAGACAACUUUUUUGCACAAGACUGCAGAAGAAGCAGGAUUAAGGACUGAAUGCUGAAGGAGGAAAAAAAAUGGCUGCAUAUAAUUAUUACUCUUGCAUAGUAUUACCGCAUCCUUAGUGUAAACUGGUGAGGCAAUCACAGCUGUGGGAUUCUGUUUUUUAGAAUGGAAUUUAAAAACUUUUGUGGAAUAAUUGGAAUUCUGGUCAGAAUGUUCAAGUGUUCAAUCUAGUGUAGAGACUGGAGUAUUGAUAUUUUGAUAAACUAUUGGUUCUAUAGACUGUGACGUGUACAGUGUAUCUUAUGGGAAUGUCAAGUGCUCCCAUUGUAUGGGGGGGUGUAGCUUGCUAGAAGGCUUGUUAGAUCAUCUUAACACUGUCAUCCUGCUUAGCACAAUGCAAUAAGGCCAGUUGACAUCAUACAUAGCACAUUAUAUCCAUUCACAAGGAUACUUGGAGCGCUCCAGUGCUCAGCAGGAACACAUUAACGUUUGAUUUAAUGACUUGACCGACUCUGUUGGAAAAGUAAAGAGGUACUUGUGGGUGACUUUCUGAACCACGUAGUGGUGCAUCAGUUUCAUGUCACUGUCAAUUUUUCAUGCAGAAAUGUUUAUAUAUUAGGAAUUUAGCUGGUGCUCAUAUCCAGGCUGAUUUACAAUGGAAGGAAAGAACAUUAAGCCUCAUUUCUGAUUUGUAUACAAGUCAUUUCUGCAUCAAAUCUUUUUUUUCCCGUUUUUCUUUUCUCUUUUUUUAGAUCAAACUAUCUAGUUUGGCAGGUGAAUUACAGCUUGAGCAACUGUGCCAUUGCACUUCUAACCUUUCUCUAUUUGCACAUACAAAACUAAACUAAAUGAUAUGUAGUGUGGCAGAGGUGUCGUAGAGCUACAAGGCUGGAUGUCAAGAGAGAACGCUGAGCCUUUCGUAAGAAAACAAAUAUCAAGUGCCAUGUCUCUUUCUGGUCUUGGCCUUGAUUUAACCAGUGGUAUUAUUGUUAAUAAGUGUCCUUAAUCUCUGAAUACUGCUUCUGCCAUACUGGCAUAGUACCAGUAGUGUCUGUCAUGAUGAUUAUGAUUAUUGGUGUGAGUAUGUUGCACAAAUAAGCUUUAAUUUAAAGACAAGGCCCUUAUUCAUAUGGGACAUCAUAAAUAAUACCUUUGUCUGAUUGUGUACAGAUGCUCAAUGUUAGUAAGCCUAAGAACAUGUAGCGUGAUUAAAACUUUGCUGUUGACCUUAGAGCUGGGUUGGGUCGGGGUACAAUUACACACAUUUUAAGGAAAAUUAUGUUUUGGUUUGGAAAUGGUGUUUUAUUCCAACAACAAUGCACUUCUCCUCCCUCGAACCUGAUUUUUUCAUUUCAAUGUGGACCAUAAUGGAAGACUGCCUUGAAAUUAUCAUUUAAUUUGCCAGCCCUGCCUCAGCCGGUUAGUUUACUGAAUAUUCUGUGGCUUUGGCAGAUUAUAGUCAUAACUUUGAAUGCAUUUGCUAUUUUUAACUUUCAAAAGCCUUUUCUUUUUUUAUAUAUAAAUACCAUCCAAAUACAAAAUGCAGCACAUUGCCUUCAGGUUAUGUUGUUUUAGGUUAAUUUAUAUUAUAAAGUGUCUUCCAUACAUUAGAUGAGGGGGUUUAUGUGAAUAUAUAUUGUCACAUAGCCAUUUUGUGUGUGUGUGUGUAUAUAUAUAUAUAUACACACACACACCACCCAUAGAAUCUUGUGCUUUGCUGCAGGGAAAGGUGUACAUUUGCUUUUGGGGGGGGGGACUGGAAAAACUUCAGCGAUGAAACGAUUUUGUUGCAUUUUGGUAUAUAUACACAGAUUUGCUAGCUUAAGCCUCUCGUGAUAGCUGCAUAACUGUGACUAGUAGUAGACAUACAGACCGUAUAAACGGUGUUUUAUGACAAGAUCCACCAUAUGAAGGAAAUAAAUCUGUAUAAAUGCCAAGUAGAUUUAGAGUUAUUGUGUUCAUACCUAGGAAUCUGUACAGGUCAUUUCAGGUUUUCUUUCUCUUCUGCUUUGGCCUCACUUUUCCCCCCGAUAUUGUAUUUCAUGGUAGAAGCCUGAACAACCUCAAGCACAAUUUUGAUUUUUCACUCUAGUCAAGGAGGUUGAAUCCCAAAGCAAUUGAAAGGGGGGGGAAAUAAUCGAUUUAUUUUUCUUUCUAUCCCCAGGAUGAUGACUCAUUUUUCCUUCUGAAUGAUCCAUCAUAAGCGGGUCAAUCUAAUAACUCCAGACUAUAUCAAUAUGGCUGGGUGUAGAGCUUUUGCACACGUGGGUAGACACCUUUUGAUUAAACUUCAGUCAUUCUAGUCUGGCCUUGUGCUUUUCCUUGCUAUUCAAUCUCGCAAAUGUGAAUUUGCUCAGAUAAUUCUAAUUUUAUAAUGAUGUGUACAUUUUACUGUAUUAUAUAAUAUGUAAGGCUGUAAUAAAAAAACCUCGACAUGUCUGA